GCGGCGCGCGCAGGCUGCGGGAGCGAGCUGGGACUCCGAGGCUGGAGGUCUCUCCGCCCCUCCGCACUGGGGCCGAUGAAGAAGCCCCAGCUGAGGGCCGCAGGGCGGCGCGGCCGGGGGCAGCAUGCAGUGGGGCGUCGAGCUCGGCGCGCUCCACCUCGGCCGCAGUAGGAGCCUCCCCUGCGACCGCCUGGUCGCCGCCGGCUACCCUCUGCCCGAGUCUACCGCCGCCAUGGCCGACUCGUGGUGGCGGAAAACGCUGUGCUUGGCCGGGGGAGCGCUGCUCGCCGCUGCCGCCUACCUACUGCACGAGCUGCUGGUCGUGAGAAAAGAGCAGGAACUGGAUUCAAAAGAUGCCAUCAUUCUUCACCAAUUCUCCCGGCCAAAGAACGGAGUUCCCAGCUUAUCCCCUUUUUGUCUUAAGAUGGAGACCUACUUGCGCAUGGCGGACCUCCCUUACCAGAACUACUUUGAUGGGAAGUUGUCUCCACAGGGGAAAAUGCCAUGGGUUGAGUACAAUCAGGAGCAGGUGUGUGGCUCAGAGUUUAUCAUCGACUUCCUGGAAGAGAAACUCGGUGUUAAUCUGAACAGCAGUCUGAGUCCUGAGGAGAGAGCAGUGUCUCGUGCUGUCACCAAGAUGGUGGAGGAGCAUUUCUACUGGACAAUUGCCUACUGUCAGUGGGUUGAUAACGUGGAGGAAACCAAGAGCAUGCUGGCUGUGAGCGGACCACUAAGUGAACUUUUGAAAUGGAUCAUGAGUCAUAUGACUGGCGGUCUGGUGAAGAGAGAAAUGUAUGGCCAUGGCAUCGGCCGCUUCUCCAAAGACGAGGUGUACGCUCUGAUGGAAAAGGACAUGCGCACCCUCGCCACUCUGCUUGGAGAUAAAAAAUACAUCAUGGGCCCUACAGUGUCCACGGUUGAUGCUGCAGUGUUUGGUCAUCUUGCACAAGCCAUGUGGACGUUACCAGGCACACGACCAGAGCAACUCAUUAAGGGUGAGUUAAUUAAUCUAGCUAUGUACUGCGAGCGCAUCCGGAAGAAAUUUUGGCCCGAGUGGUUUGUGGAUAUUGAUGAUUUGUUCUACGAUGGUUUAAGCGAGGAGCCCAACUCUCCAUCUCAGCUGCCUGACCUGGGCCUGUACUCACGCAGUGACAGCUUCCCCGAAGAGCUCAGCACCCUCUCACACUCCGCCACCUCACACUCUCUGGACAGUGACCCUACCGGACACUCCCUCUUUGACUCAGACAUGGAGACUGAGUACAUGGAGACGGAGCAUCUUAAAUGUUAAACCUCUGUGGUGCCUCCACAUAGGCCUCGCUGCUCUGUCCUCCAAUAGGCCCCUCUCACCCGUCAGAAGGGCAGGGGCUUUCACAAAAAUGCCUUUUGGAAUUUGAAUUUCUGAGUGUAAAGGAGACUGUGUGGGGAAUGGCAUUCAACAAUGAAUUUUGGUAAAAGUUAACAAAUCAGGGAAAGGAGGGAUAAUCAAGUCAGUUAACUAUAUGCAAAAGAGGUCAGAAACAAUAGAGCAUUCACUAGGAAGAGAUGUGGAGAAGAAAAGCAAGCUAAUUUAAGGAAAUAUGGAGGACUGAUGAAUCAUACCCUCUGUAGUAAAAGACCACUGCUUGUGCUAACUGUCUUCCCACCAAUUUUUUGCCUGUGUCCUCAAAUACAUUACUGUGUAGAUAUCAUUGUAAGCAUAAAUAUUUUAGAGAUUGUAGAUGCAGUUACUCGCCUGACCCUUUAAGUUGCCUUGUUUUGUUCUGCUGUUUGGAUUAGUGCAGUCAGUUCACUUGAUGGUGCCCUGGAACUCUGUGAAAGCCUGGUUGUCCAUUAUUGUGCUUUCUCUGAGAUACUGUUUGCCCUGCCAAAGUUCAGUCAAAUUUACCCUUACUAUUUGAGUACUCUGAUCCUGGAACUGCCUAGGUUAUGAUAGGAAAAUGUCAACCACAUAAAUCCCCUUAAAGUGUCAUGGAUUAAGUUAAAUAUAAAUGAAAUGUCCUACCAUUUACCAUGGUUUGAAAUUGUGCAUUAUCAUAACAUGGGCACCACACUCAAAGAUACCCAGCUGAAAUAGCAUUGUGAAGUGAAACUGAUUUUACCACCAGUAAUUCAUCCGCUCUAUUUUGUAGAAUGCAUGGCCUGUGGAUUUGUUGUAGAAUCGUAGUUGUGGGGGCUAUGAGCGAUAUUUUGAUAAUGGUGUGUGCUGCAUUGGUGUGGCCAUGGGUUUUGGAAUUGUCACACAGACAAUAUUUAUUUAAAUAUACUGUGCAGUGUCGGGCAAUAUAAUAGUAAUUGUAUUAAAAAAUGAUCAUGGUAUCUCCAAAUGAGGACAAUGUUUCAGUAUAAAGGAGUGUCUGGGGUGUCAAUGUUCUGUUCUGGGUGUAUCUAGUACACAACCAAAAUAAAUCAUUAAUUCAUGUGCAUGUAAAAUAGUCACAGGUUAGGGGCUUUGUAGGAGCUCAAUGAUUGGUAAUGUCAUGCUCUGAAAAAACAGCUCCAUUGUGGUAACAUUGUGAGUUUAGCAACAUGCUGAGUUCAAAUGAAAGGGAAACCAAGCAAAUCUGGAUGAACCAGUGUGUGAGAUGUGCCUCAAAACAGUCAAAAAAUACCAUUUACUUGAUUUUGUGCUCUCAUAAAUAAGGCUUUAUCUUCCAAAUGUGAGUGAUUUAAGUCUUAGUUAGCACAUUCUGUGCUGUGCUGUUUGUGGCAGAACCUGUGACAUUUAGUGAUUCUUUCACUCCAACACCAGUCGCUUGACUUUGCACUCACUAACAUCUUUAGCUGAGCUAGUUAAGCAAACACAACAAACAAAAUGAACACUACAAAAUAAAGUGUCCUGUCCUGUACAACAGAAUUCACUUGAUCUGAGUUGUUCUCUUUUUAAGCCAGAAUAGCAGGUGUUCUAAACAGGAUGUUAUCAUACUUUUAACUUAGCUACUGGUAACCAGCCUAGAAGAGUGCUCAGUGUUCACUUAGUCUGUGAACAAAAUGAAGUUUCUAUUUGACUAAAUAAUACAGGAUGAGAUGGUAUGGAAGACAAAUAGUCCACACUUGUCCCUGUUGCUGGUGAUACUUUGUACUGUGGUCAUUUUUUAAGACGGUAUGAUAAAAGUGCCCAUCUGUCCAAACCCUUUCCUGUGAUUUCUUUAGUGACCAGCAGUACCACAUCACAAUUAGUAAAAUACAUAAUUAUGGACAAAAAUAAUCAAAUAAUAUAAUGUGCUCAGUGGAUGACAGUUUCCAAUACAUGUGUUUGUCAAACAACAGAUACCUGUAAUGCGUAAGGACAGUUGUCUUUUCACCUAAACUAAACUGAAUGGAACAGAAGAGAAAAGUGUAGUGUUUUACCAAAAAAGCUUAUAUACUAUCAGCGAUAAAGGAACUCUGGGUGUUCGUGCAGAGUUUGGCCGUCUGAUCGAAUCUUCCUACUAUUAUUGUAGAUCACAUUUGUUUUUCUAGCAGCCAAAUUGUUGUUACUGUGUAGUAAAGGUAGUUAAAGGUAGUUUACAGUUAUCUGUUAUUUGCUGACAAAUGCAAAACCUCUGAUGUCUACCAGAGAAAAUACAAAAUGCAUUCCCUGCAGAAACUGUUCACCUCAGACAUACCUUUAUUUAAGAUUUUUGAGCAGGAAAUGAUGGUGUUUGUCUUUCCUGGCUGUUGCAGUCAGCAGCCAUUGGUUGUGAGCACUACAGUACUGGCUCAGGCUACCUCAAAUAUACUUCCAUAUAGCUAAUAAUGGUGACUCUAGGUGGGAUGUGGUAGCCUGGCUUAAAGGCUCAUAAUCUUCUAAAAGUGGUGAUCAGCUAAGAUGAGUCUGACCUCAUCAAUCACAGUACUGGCACAGCGCAUUUUCCACUUUCUAUCCAUUCAAAAGUUUAUUUUAAUUUAUUUUCAAAUCAAUGGGGAAAUCUUAAUCAAACACAGGCAGUUAGACACAGAAUCAUUUUAUGACAGAACAACUUAAAAGGUGCCUCUUAUUUCAUAUUGUGUAAAUUAUUUAUCCAUUGCAAAUAAGAUUUGAGAAGUAAAUUACCCCUUGCUUAAAUACAAUAAUAAGGAUAGGCAAAGCGCUUUAUUUAAAUACAACUGUUUGUGUAAAUCCAUUAUAUUUAUAAUGUGAAUAUAGCCCAAAAUAAGUUUUCACAUGUAAUGUAUUUGCUAUGCUGAUCUGCUUUCAAAAGUAUAUGUAAAUGCAGUCCAACUCAGGGCCAACGGCUGUGAUUGACUGAAGGUUUGUGUUAAGGGUCCUGGGGCAUUGCAGUGCUUUUGCUAGACAUUCUGUAACUUUUCACACCCUGUAUAAAAAAACCUUUCAAAUUAGCAUCUCUAGCAAUGUGCUCCUUUCUAACCAAACUCAUCAUUUAGUGUGACGUUACAAACAUUUUGGGCAGGGGAGCAAAUUUCAAAUACAAAAAUUGCUAAGCGUUGAGUCAACACCGGUGGGUUUAUUGUCGAGGUUAUGGGAGGGACAAUGGAGGGUGUGUGUGUGUGUGUGUCCAUCUGGUGCAUCAAUGAGUCAUAGUCAUGCAUGAAUUCACUCAGAUGAAGGAUUUCUAAGGCAGUUCUCCCAUGGGUGGCAUUACACACACAGGCCAUGCACAAAGUCCAUAAAGCUUAUCUGAAAAGUGAACUCCGCUUACACACACACACACACACACACACUUCAGUGGCUCCUCAGUUACCCGCCUUUGCAUAGAACAUCUAUAAGUUUGAGGUGCUGACUAUUAAACUGCCUUUUUAUGGCUUUAAUGGUUUACUGUGCCAAAACUAAAAAUAAGGCAUGUUUACAGAACAUAUGUGGACACCUUUACAGUUUUUAUUUUUAACUGAUUUAUAUUGCUCUUUUGUUGUUUUUUUUAAAGGGUCUGCAAUUAUUAUUUUGUGGAUGUCUGCUUCUCGCUCUCUCUAUCUGUACAUUGUAUAGUUAUUCAAUUUCUAGACCAAUGAUUAUUACUGUGGCCAAUACUGGUACCAACACGUUUGGCAUUUUGAAAGAAUAAAAAAAAAAAUAGAAUUCAACUUUAGUGGUAACGUAAUUUUGCCAGUGAUUAUUAUUGCAGUGUUUUUCAGUCCUUGUCCUCUUGCACCCUGUACUGCACAUUUCGAUUUCUUGUCUUCUAACACACCUGAUUCAACUGAUCAGCUCAUUAAAAAGCCUUUUCAGAGAUGCAGUAGAUGUGUUAAAACAGGGAAUCCUCAAAAUGUGUAAAUCAGGGUAGCGCCAGGACAAAGACUAGAAAAGAGAAAUUGGUAGAAAGCUAUAUAAGGUAGUAAAUACGGGCUCAUUAUGCCAAUACUCAUAUAUAAAAUACAUAACAAAAUGAAAAAAUUAUCACUAUCAUUCUUUAUUAGAAGUAUAGACAAAUGUACUUCUUUAAGGCAGGGUUGGAACAGUACAUAAAUCUGAUUCGAUAAAGCCAUACAGCCGAUCAUGCUAAGUUCAUGAGUAUGUGCCUUUUAUUUUAAUCUACUGAUGUUUUUAAGUUUGUAGCAUAUGCUCAGCUUGUGUUAUAUGCAUACUAGCAUCAAUGCACAUAUUUCCAGGUUCAUUUCUUAGAUUAACAAUUACUUCUUUGUAUUUUUGAAUGUUAAAUGAGCCCACUAACAAAAUCUAUCAAAGACUUUUUUAAA